GGCCCAGCCGUGCUGACCCACGGCCAAGGCCAGGUCACUUUGUAAAAAAAGGGCUGCGUCGCGGUCCCCGACAAUCUCCUCUACGCCGCUUCCACCAGCACAAUCAAUGUCUUCGUCGCUUCGAUUUAUCCAACUGUACCCUUUUCGACGCAUUCAACGACGACCGCACCUCCGGGGAUAUUGCUGCGAAUUGUGAUUGGGACCAUUCAAAGGGAAAGAAAGAAAGAAUUUUUUUUUUUUUAGGUGGUUCUUUGAAUUAAUUAUAUGUUAUAAGGACACACAAUAAAGAGCGUGUUAGCAUAGUUAUGGCUACGACCAAGUCUCGGACAAGCAGCUUCUCUCGCAACCUCACAGCCGUACCCUCAUCUACUAACCCGGGGCUCAAGUAUGGUCCCAAUGGCACGAUCUUUAUGUCUUCUGGGAUACCAGACCUUGAUAAGAUUUUAGGCGGUGGUUUUCCUUUGGGAAGCCUAGUCAUGGUGAUGGAAGAUGCAGAAGCGCCUCAUCACAUGCUUUUGUUGAGGAAUUUUAUGUCUCAAGGACUUGUUCACAACCAACCCCUUCUGUAUGCUAGUCCAUCCAAAGACCCGAAAGGAUUUCUGGGCACUUUGCCUAGUCCAGGGUCAGCCAAAGAUGAUAAAUCUCGCGUUCGUGAUCCUGAACAGGAGAAGGGUUUGAGGAUCGCUUGGCAAUAUAAGAAAUAUUUUGGUGAACAUCAGCAGAGUUUUGAUAGCAAUAAAGAUGGUAAGCAUGAGUACUGCAAUGACUUUGACUUGCGGAAGCCCCUAGAAAGGCACUUUCUAAAUAGUCACCAUAUAGAUUGUGUCAGCAUUCAAGAAACUCAAGAUCUUGCUGCUCUCCGCAACCGCUGUGCAACAUUUUUGACUCAAUUUCCAAGAAAUGAUGGCAACGUUUCCCCUGCUGGUCGUAUUGCCAUCCAGUCAUUUUGUUCCCCACAAUGCGAAUAUUCCAACAUGGAAUGGGAUAUGCUUUCCUUUAUUAGAUCUCUGAGAAGCAUGAUCCGAUCUUCAAAUGCAGUUGUUUUUUUGACAUUUCCACCUUCUAUCCUUUCACCAUCCUUCUCUAGAAGAUGGCAGCACAUGGCGGAUACCUUGCUGUCUGUCAGAGCAAUCCCAGACGAGGACAAGGAAUUGGCAAAACUCCUCACUGGUUACCAGGACAUGGUUGGUCUUCUGAAUGUACAAAAAGUAGCACGUAUUAAUACCCAGGUUCCUGUGAUUCUUGAGGCGACAACAUUCUCAGUAAAGUUGCGAAAGCGGAGGUUUUUAGUUUUAGAAUGUCUAAAUCAAGCCCCUAUCGACGGUUCAAGUGGGAGUUCGUAUGGCACAUCUGCCACUUGUUCUGGAACUUCAAAGUCUGGGACCCUUGAUUUCUAGUUCCAAACUUAAUAUCACUGCUCCCUAUCACCGGUAAGCAAUUCAGCUUGUUUACGUUUCUUUGAGAAUGCUCAACCAUUGCCAGAAAAAAAAUUGCUGGUCUUUGCUGCCAAAGUCCCUGAUCUUCAACUGACCUUAGCAAUACUAUCAUCUGAAUUGGGCAUUAUGUGUUGAGAAAUGCUAGGCUUACAAAAUAUUUUACAAAAAAAACUCUUACAAAGUGUGUUGUGGCACAACAUGAUUGAAGUUCUCAAAAUUUGGAUGCAUCUCCUUCUCAAUCAUGUUGUGCCACAUCACUUUGUAAGAGUUUUUUAGGUAAAAUAUUUUGUAAGCCUAGCAUUCCUCUUAUGUGUUUAAGUGUUUUACAUAUCUUCGCUGCCAAAGCGUAGACUGCUUCAUACCACUUUUGAAUUAGGAAACUGAGAGUCAUGUAGUGCCAUUGAAGUAAAUUGAUGCUGCCCCAGAUAUGUAAAUGUGAAUCAGGGGAAGUGGCCCUCCCCCCACUGUGGGGGUGAGGUGGCGGAGCCACCCCUCCUCCCCCUUAAGAUCUGCCCCGUCUGUGGGGGUUGAGGGAGGGGGGGAAGCUAGUUUUUGUUGAGACAUUGGUUAAUCUCACUUUGUUUGGGAACUUAA